AUGGAACCAUCUGAAUCUGCAUGUCGAGGCAAUGUCGAGCCGAUACUCGGCGAUCACCUGGAUCCACCACCCCAGCCGGAGAACACAUCGGGCCUUGAAACUGUACGACUAUUCAAAUCGUGCGAUAGCCUUUUCCGCAAGCUUCUGCAAGUCGACAACUCAGAAUACCGAGGCGCCAUAGUUUACGAAUACAAGGCGUUCAUCCUCUGGACCGACGGGUUCGAUGUUGCAAAAGGCAAUCUUGAAACCAUACUACUCGGCUCUGAACGUUUGCGCCAGACAGUCGUCCGCCUCUUUGCUUCAAUUGAAAGCACAUUGCAAUUUCUUGAAUGUCCUGAGAAUGCAUCACUCUCCUCACGUUUCCCAACCGAUGACUCGGAUUCGUCCGAUGACAACGUCUCAGAUGAUGGUUCAGAAAGCGGCCGCAAUGGAGAAGAGAUAAAUCAGAAUGCUGCGCAGGCUGCUGUAGGUAUCUCGGACAAUCCGCCUCUACACAUAGAGGAACUUUGCAAAGAGGCUAUCCAGGACCUGAAGACCGACAUCCAGUGCCUCAUUGACAUUACUCCAUCGUUAGAGCACCCCCCAGUGCAUUUCAGAUCCGCAAGGGCUUUAUCAGCUUUCGGUGAAGCCACUGGGAACGUCUCGGCCGGUAUGCCUGGAUCUGACGCAUACUGCCGCUUGAUUCGAGACCGUUUCCCUUAUGCAGACACAAAUCUCACUGAGAUGCUCGGAAGACUGAAUUGGACUAGAUACCAACGGCUCCGCGCCCAGCGAGAAUCAGCUACCACGGAAGAUGAGGACGGUGAUGAUGCAUUGCCCCUCUCUGGCAAAGAGACCGAAGAGAAGAUUGAAGCAAAUCCCGAGGCUGCAGUAGAGAUCCCCGUAGCACCGUCGACAUUCAAGGAUUCGGGUAUUGGUUCUUCAGCACCAUCGACAUUCAAGGAUUCGGGUAUUAGUACUUCAGUACCAUCAAAGGCUCCCUUUGUUCCCUCGGCUUUGUCCACUACAUCGAGCGUUGCGCGCGGUGCGGACGUUCGUGUGCCACCCAUACCAGAGGAGGGAAAGCAAGGUUUGCCGUUCGUGUGCGUUGCAUGUGGCUGUAAGGUUAGAUUCACCGAAAGACGGGGGUGGAAGGAGCACAUAUACGGUGAUCUUCUGCCGUAUACAUGUCUGGUUCCGGGCUGCGCUUCUUCGACCUUUGGCAAUCGCCCAAUGUUCUGGAACCACAUCGUCAUCGUGCACGCAUCAGACUCUGAUGAUGAACAACAGCAAUGCCCGCUCUGCUUUGAGGAGAUGCAGACAGGCCGCUUCGAGUUCGCCACACAUAUUGCACGUCACCUAGAGGAAAUUUCUCUUGCAGCAUUGCGAGCGGCAUUUGAUACCGAAAGUGAUGUUGAGAGUACAACGGAUUCCUACACUGGAGGUGCCGAUACUGAUGUCGAGCGUACCACGCAUGCCGACAUUGCGCACGCCUCUUCAACGGUUGCUGAUGAUAUCCCGGGCAGUCCGGGCUUUUGGAGUGGUUUCCUGAACAUCCCAGAUGCUUUACCGGAUACCAACAUCACGGAUGAUGGUGAUGUUCUGCGCGUACCAUUGUCCUCAAUAGUGCAUGAAGAAGGUGCACCUUCCUCCCAAGUGCCGAUCAGCAGAGACUGGGACUCUAAAGUAUCCGCAGCAAACAGAAAAAAGGAGAAGGCCGAAGGACCCCGCGAAGCCUCAAAACGAGUAAGGAAAAUUGGAGCCUGCGUCAGAUGCCGCAUUGUGAUGAGGGCAAUCCCUGCCAGAGAUGCUGCCGUGACGAAACAAUUCACCGUCCCUUCUUCCAACCAUGUUCACGACAAGAAAUACUUGAUGCUAUCCUAG